CAGGGGCGGAUUGACCAUUUGGAAACUCGGGCACUGCCCGAGGGCCCGGGGUCAGUAGGGGGCCCCAUGAGAUGCCCCUGGUACCUUUUUCAUAGGCUUUUUUGAAUUUGGGCAAGGACACAGGGGCCCCAUGAUCCCCUAUUGCCCGGGGGCCCCAUGAGUUGUCAGUCCGCCCCUGACUAGUGCCCAGCAGUGCCCCCCAUCAAUGCCACUCAUCAGUGCUGCCUAUCAGUGCCCAGCAGUGCUGCUCAUCAGUGCCCA